CUGCUCGCGCGCACACCUGCAAUCCGACUUUGAGAUCUGGUUUCGGUCUUUGGUCGCGUGUGUUGCGAUGCAUGUCGACGCCGGGAGAAUCGCCAUAGCCGCCCAGAGGCUGUCCCCCUACCUACCUACAACUCCGAUCGACGCGGCCGCCUCGAGAGCCUCUGCUUACUCGUAGAGCCGCCGAGGUUUAUCGCUCUCUGGCAUUGGAUAUCGCUGAUUUCCAGCGAGCGCGCUCCCCUCAUCAUGGCUGACCUGGAUGCCAUCCUCGACGCGCCCGCCCUCCCGCCUCCCCCCGGCGUCACGUCGAAUUUCGAUAACCCGGAGAGGUACAACACAUCGGGGUACGCUCUAUGCUCGUUAUUUCUGGCAUUGGGAACCAUUGCGAUAGGUUUGCGAGUCUACUCUCGGGUUGUCCGCACAGGAAAGAUCCGGUUAGAAGACUUCCUGGGCAUUGCUGGGUUUAUCCUCUUCGCGGCUUAUAUCGUUGCCGUCCUUCUGGUGGUCGGGCGCCCGGGUUUCUACGUCCAUCAGUGGGAUAUUCGCGUCCGGGACAUGUCCCGCAUCCUAUAUAUCUUCUACCUCAGCUCUAAUUUCUACAACGGCGCCAUCGGGUGCCUAAAAGUCGCCAUCCUGCUCGAGUGGCUGCAUGUGUUCAACCCGUUGUCCCUGCGAAAUGCCUUCUUCUGGACCUGCCAAGUUGUCCUGUGGAUAAACAUCCUCUACUACGCUGGCUCUGCCUUCGCCAUAAAUCUCAUCUGCCAACCGCACAGGAAGAUCUGGGAUAAGACGAUCACCGAAGGCUACUGUGGCGAUUCCAAUAUUCUCUAUCUUUCGGGGACGAUCGUGAAUCUGAUCUCAGACGUGCUUAUCCUGGGCCUUCCGCAAGGAGUGAUAUGGUCGUUAAAGAUGACGACGCCGAGGAGAAUAGGCAUUUCUGUCAUAUUUGCCAUAGGAGUCCUAUGCUGCAUCGUCGCAUGCUUUCGAAUCGCUUCGACUGUCGAGCUUCCCACCAUAGCGGACUUUAUCUUCGUGCUGCCCAAGCUGGCGUUCUGGGGUUCCGCCGAGAUGCUCCUCGUACUACUCGUCUUCUGCGUGCCCGCGUUUCCGAAUGCGUUCAAAGGCCUGGGACUGAUGCGAGACGAUACGACGAACGUAUCAUCCCACAAGGGCUCGUCGCUGGAUAGCCGCAAGCAAAUGUGGACUCGGACCUACGCCUCUGCCCGUCCCCAGAGCGACUAUCAGAAGAUCAGCGACUACAACCUCGUGCCCGUCGGGAACAGUAUGCCCCCCGAGGUCGCCGCUACGGCUUCGUCAUCCGAGGUGCACAGCGACCAGGAACCUCAUGCGAUCACGAUUCCCGAAGGUGGAAUCGUCUGGACUCGGGAGUUCUCAGCUAGGGAAGAGUUUAUUCCUCCGCCACCGACCCACGACGGUAAACGACAGAAUGUGUAGAUACACGAGCGCAGAGGCUGCAUUUGUUUUAGAAGAAUACACGGGCCGCCCCCCUUAUUAAAUGACGAGCAUGAAAUAUACCCUGGUAUACCCUUUCGCUACAAGAGC